CUCCAUUGAAGUCGAGCUAAUAAAGGCACGAUUUUUAGAUUCUCUUUGUCUCUUUCUGGGCUCUCUGCAAAUGGCGGUGCCGGCGGCGGUGGCAGACAAUGGAGGUGUCAAGGUGCGCUUGGCGUCGCAGGCUUAUUUGGAGAGCUAUCCUGUGAAGGAAACCAAGGCUUUGAUAUCAGAGCUUUGCCGUCUAUUCUACAACCACGGAUGGGUCUCUGGUACUGGUGGUAGUAUCACGAUCAAGGUCCAUGAUGACUCCGUCCCCAAGCCUCAGCAACUCAUCGUCAUGUCCCCUUCUGGUGUUCAAAAGGAGAGAAUGGUCCCAGAGGACAUGUAUAUAUUAUCUUCGGACGGCUCCAUCAUAUCUUCACCUUCUCCAAAACCAUACCCACAUAAACCCCCCAAAUGCUCUGAUUGUGCUCCACUUUUCAUGAAGGCAUAUGAAAUGCGCGGUGCUGGAGCUGUUAUCCACAGUCAUGGAAUGGAGUCCUGUCUUGUAACAAUGUUAAAUCCUCUUGCAAAAGAGUUCCGUAUCACUCAUAUGGAGAUGAUAAAAGGAAUCAAGGGUCACGGUUACUAUGAUGAACUUGUGGUCCCAAUAAUAGAGAACACGGCUUAUGAAAAUGAACUUACAGAUUCUCUUGCCAAAGCUAUAGAAGCAUACCCUAAAUCGACUGCUGUACUUGUUCGCAAUCAUGGCAUAUAUGUUUGGGGAGACUCAUGGAUCAAUGCCAAAACUCAGGCUGAAUGCUACCACUAUCUCUUUGAUGCUGCAAUCAAACUUCAUCAACUAGGCUUUGACUGGUCUACUCCAGAACAUGGUCCUAUUCAGAAAGUCAAUGGAAUUUUAGGCAAUGGGAAGAUAAAUGUGAAUGUGAAGGCUGGGACUACAAGCUCAUAUUAUGAAGUUGAGCAAUUGCCACGUUGCAUUUUGCUUGACAUUGAAGGGACUACUACUCCAAUUUCAUUUGUUACCAAUGUCCUCUUUCCAUAUGCCCGUGGCAAUGUUGGCAAGCAUUUGUCUGCAACAUAUGAAACAGCUGAAACACGAGAGGAUAUUGGGUUGUUACGCUCUCAGGUUGAAGAUGACUUGAAACAUGGUGUUGCUGGUGCUCUGUCCAUUCCCUCAGAUGACAUGAGGAAAGAGGAGGUGAUCGCAGCUUUGGUUGCCAAUGUGGAAGCCAUGAUAAAGGCUGAUCGAAAGAUAACUGCCUUAAAACAAUUGCAAGGUCACAUAUGGCAAACUGGAUUUGAGAAAAAUGAACUGGAGGGAGUAGUUUUUGAUGAUGUACCUGAGGCUCUUGAGAAGUGGCAUGCCUUGGGCAAAAAGGUGUACAUAUAUUCUAGUGGUAGCAGGUUGGCCCAGAGGCUUCUAUUUGGGAAUUCAAGCCAUGGUGAUUUGAGAAAGUAUUUAUCUGGAUUUUUUGACACUACAGUGGGAAACAAAAGAGAAACACGCAGUUAUAUCGAAAUCGUGGAGUCUCUGGGAGUUGAUAGUCCCUCUGAUGUAUUAUUUGUGACAGAUGUCUAUCAAGAAGCCAUUGCUGCCAGGGCUGCAGGUUUGAAGGUGGUAAUCUCUAUCAGGCCAGGAAAUGGUCCUCUUCCAGAGAAUCAUGGAUUCAAGACAAUCAAUUCAUUCUCGGAGAUCUAGAGAAAAACUUCUUGCCUGUGUAAUAACUAAUAAUAUCAAACGUGACAUGCUUUAUGUGAAAAAUAAGUAACUUUCAGAGACAAUAGAUCCCAGUUUCGUCACUACCUCCUUCUCAUUCUACAUUACUGCUACUUCUUUUCUUCUUUUCAUUCCCACACAGGUUCUUGUUUAAUUCAACCGAUAAUAACUGUUUAGAUCCUUUGUUGUUUCAUCAAACUUCUUAAUUCAGAAUCCCUUUUAUAUUCUUCGGAGAAAACUGCUCUGAAGCAUGCUGUCUGAUAUUUUAUAUAUAGAAGCUACCCUUUUCAUGGAAUGAAAGAGCUUUCCAACU